ACCAAAACACAACAAGCUCAGGAGGAGCGGCGAGCGGCGCGGCGGGGCGGGCGGACUCGCGGCGGCACUGAGCCUCAGGAGGCUGAUGCAACUUUCCCUUUAAGAAAGCCACCUGGGCGCACCGCGGUGCGGACCCAGCAAGCCUGGGCCGGGGGCUGCAGCAUGCUCUUGAGGCCUGUGUUCUGAAAGGUGCUAGAAACAGAGCCUGUGAGUGUGAUCUGGGACUCCAGAGCCCCUAACCCACCACCACCAUGGUAGGAAAAGGUGCCAAAGCGAUGCUGAAUGGUGCUGUGCCCAGUGAGGCCACCAAGAAGGACCAGAACCUCAAACGAGGCAACUGGGGCAACCAGAUCGAGUUUGUACUGACGAGCGUGGGCUAUGCCGUGGGCCUGGGCAAUGUCUGGCGCUUCCCGUACCUCUGCUAUCGCAACGGGGGAGGCGCCUUCAUGUUCCCCUACUUCAUCAUGCUCAUCUUCUGUGGGAUCCCACUCUUCUUCAUGGAGCUCUCCUUCGGCCAGUUUGCAAGUCAGGGCUGCCUGGGGGUCUGGAGGAUCAGCCCCAUGUUCAAAGGUGUGGGCUACGGCAUGAUGGUGGUGUCCACGUACAUCGGCAUCUACUACAACGUGGUCAUCUGCAUCGCCUUCUACUACUUCUUCUCGUCCAUGACGCCCGUGCUGCCCUGGGCCUACUGCAGUAACCCCUGGAACUCGCCCGACUGCGCCGGCGUGCUGGAUGCCUCCAACAUCACCAAUGGCUCCCGGCCUCCCGCCCUGCCUGGCAACCUCUCCCACGCGCUCAACCACACCCUCCAGAGGACCAGCCCCAGCGAGGAGUACUGGAGGCUCUAUGUGCUGAAGCUGUCAGAUGACAUCGGAAACUUCGGGGAGGUGCGACUGCCCCUCCUUGGCUGCCUGGGUGUCUCCUGGGUGGUUGUCUUCCUCUGCCUCAUCCGAGGGGUCAAGUCUUCAGGGAAAGUGGUGUACUUUACGGCCACAUUUCCCUAUGUGGUGCUGACCAUCCUGUUCAUCCGUGGCGUGACCCUGGAAGGAGCCUUCACGGGCAUCAUGUACUACCUGACCCCACAGUGGGACAAGAUCCUGGAGGCCAAGGUCUGGGGGGAUGCCGCCUCCCAGAUCUUCUACUCGCUGGGCUGCGCAUGGGGCGGCCUCAUCACCAUGGCUUCCUACAACAAGUUCCACAACAACUGUUACCGGGACAGUGUCAUCAUCAGCAUCACUAACUGUGCCACCAGCGUCUAUGCCGGCUUUGUCAUCUUCUCCAUCCUGGGCUUCAUGGCCAAUCACCUGGGUGUGGACGUGUCCCGCGUGGCAGACCACGGCCCUGGCCUGGCCUUCGUGGCAUACCCUGAGGCCCUCACCCUGCUACCCAUCUCCCCGCUCUGGUCCCUGCUCUUCUUCUUCAUGCUCAUCUUGCUGGGGCUGGGCACUCAGUUCUGCCUCCUAGAGACGCUGGUCACGGCCAUUGUGGAUGAGGUAGGGGAUGAGUGGAUCCUGCAGAAAAAGACUUAUGUGACCUUGGGCGUGGCUGUGGCUGGCUUCCUGCUGGGCAUCCCCCUCACCAGCCAGGCAGGCAUCUACUGGCUGCUGCUGAUGGACAACUACGCGGCCAGCUUCUCUUUGGUCGUCAUCUCCUGCAUCAUGUGUGUGUCCAUCAUGUACAUUUACGGGCACCACAACUACUUCCAGGACAUCCAGAUGAUGCUGGGAUUCCCACCGCCCCUCUUCUUCCAGAUCUGCUGGCGCUUCGUCUCUCCAGCUAUCAUCUUUUUCAUUCUCAUCUUCACGGUGAUCCAGUACCAGCCAAUUACCUACAACGACUACCAGUAUCCAGGCUGGGCUGUGGCCAUCGGCUUCCUCAUGGCUCUGUCCUCUGUCAUUUGCAUUCCACUCUACGCCCUGUACCAGCUCUGCCGCACAGAUGGGGAUACCCUCCUCCAGCGUCUGAAAAAUGCAACCAAGCCAAGCAGAGACUGGGGGCCCGCCCUCCUGGAGCACCGAACUGGGCGCUAUGCCCUCACCAUUCCACCCUCUCCUGAAGACGGGCUUGAGGUCCAGCCGCUGCACCCGGACAAGGCCCAGAUCCCCACGGUGGGCAGUAACGGCUCCAGCCGUCUGCAGGACUCCCGGAUAUGAGCACAACUGCCGGGGGAGUGCCCCACCCCCACCCCGUGCUCCCGCCACAGAGACUGGGGAGGCGGUGGACAGGUGUCACCGCCUGCCCCUCCACGCCCUGACCAGGGCGGCUCCUGUCACCUUGGCCACCACUGCUAGCGUGGUCAUUCGUGCUCGUGUCCCUAGUGUUUACAGGUCCUUUGGAUGCCAAGAUGGCAGCUGGGGGGCGUGAGUGAUGGGAGGGUUGCUGGGGGGCCCAAAGCACUUUGGAGGGGUCUCAGGCCAGGUCUCCGGAGGCAGCUGGACUUUAUGUGGCCUCUGAUGCCCCCACACGUUGCCCUGAGCUAAGGUUCUGGGUGGGCCCCCUACCUGUCCCCCUCCCCGAGCCUUCAGCCUCCUGACCAGUGUUCCUGCCCCCAGAGCAGAC